UUUGAAGGAAAGCCCGCUUAUUUGCAGUCGCCAAGGACUGGCAAUCUAACAGCUGAUCCUGCAUUUCUAGUAUCUUAAGGAUAGUGGAACGAGAAAGAGAGGUCAGUUCUUGGGAGAGCUCUCUUGAGGAUAGCGAGACUUCCAUAAUUAGCCAUCGACACAAUGGACAAGCCAGACAAUCUCCAUCCAAGGGCUACAAGUGCCAAUCACGAACAGAUUCCAAGAUCGGAAACCAUCAGUCUCCGGGAGAAACAUGUGGGAAAAUCUUGUAAACUUUUCUUCAAAGCUGAUCCAUUGAAAAUUGUCCGCGCUCAAGGUCAAUAUAUGUACAAUGAAAUGGGUGAGGAACUCUUAGAUUGCAUCAAUAAUGUCUGCCAUGUGGGUCAUUGUCAUCCUCAUGUGGUCAAAUCAGGACAAGAUCAAAUGGCUAUCCUCAACACCAAUAACAGAUUUCUCCAUGAUAAUUUGGUCUUGUAUGCUGAAAGGUUGAUUAAAACCUUUCCGGAGAGACUUAGCGUGGCCUUCUUUGUAAAUUCUGGAUCCGAGGCCAACGAUUUGGCAUUGAGAAUGGCCAGGGCUCACACUAAAUCACGAGAAGUGAUUACCUUAGAGCACGCGUAUCAUGGUCAUGUCAUCAGCCUUAUGGAGAUAUCUCCGUAUAAGUUCAAGAAUCAGAGCCAAGACGACGCUUGUCCGGACCAAACCCACAUUGCACCCGUUCCUGAUGUCUACCGAGGAAAAUACCGAGACCAAGAUUAUCCCGGACAGGAUUUGGGUGAAGUAUAUGCCGAAGAUGUCAAAGAGAUCUGUGAGAAGCUCGCGGAACAAGGCAAAAAGCCUGGCUGUUUCAUCGCCGAGAGUCUCCAGAGUUGUGGUGGGCAAAUUAUAUAUCCCAAUUCCUACUUGAGACACGUUUAUAACCACGUCAGAGCUGCUGGAGGUCUAUGCAUUGCCGACGAAGUUCAAGUUGGAUUUGGUCGAGUAGGCACCAAUUGGUGGGCUUUCCAAACCUAUGGCAAUGAUGUCAUCCCGGAUAUUGUCACGAUCGGAAAACCAAUGGGCAACGGUCAUCCAGUGGCUGCCGUAGUUACGACAGAAGAAGUAGCGGCGAGUUUUGCUGGAACUGGAAUAGAGUAUUUCAACACCUACGGAGGGAAUCCGGUGAGCUGCUCCAUUGCCAGUGCUGUAAUGGACGUGAUUGAAGACGAAAAGCUUAUGGAACAUGCCGAGGAGGUUGGUCGAUAUUUGAAAAGAGGCCUUGAACGUCUCAUGCUCAAACAUGAGAUUGUGGGCGAUGUACGGGGUGUGGGUAUGUUUCUGGGGUUGGACUUGGUUAAGGAUCGGACCACACGUGAACCCUUUACGGCCGCAGCCCAACACGUUUUAACACGAUUCAGAGAAGAGCGAAUUCUUCUUCAAAGUGAUGGACCUUAUAACAACGUCCUCAAAUUCAAGAGCCCUUUGGUUUUCAACAAAUCCAAUGCCGAUAGAUUGGUCAACACUUUGGACGAAGUCUUGGAAGAAAUCCGUCUCAUGUCCAAUUUCAUCGAUUAAGCUAUGAUUUCAGUGUUCAAUCCCCAUGCUUGGUGGAAAAAGAAAUCCCUGAAUACCCCUACAAUUUAUCAUUGGUAAAUUGAGCCACGUGCUUCGUACAGACUUCAAUAAAGUCGCCUGAAUUGCCUCUGA